AUGCUGGAGCGGAUAGACAACGACCGGCCAUUGGACAUGGGUUUCAACCGGAUGCCAGGUCAACUGGGGCCAGAAGUGUUGGAUAUUGGAUUCACAUUGUUGGACAACACGCCUCUCCACAUGGGUUUCCAUUCACUUCCAGUACAUGAUGGGCAUCCGGACCACAGGCCUUUGGACAUGGGCUUUGGCACAAAUGUUGUUCAGUCCGUGGAUAUUCAGCCGGAAGAUGGGCCUUUGGACAUGGGAUUCGAGAUACACCAUCUGGUAUAUGUUCAUCAGGAUCAGUCAAGUCAGUCUUCUCAUUGUUUGGUGGCCUUUGGACAUGGGAUUCGAGAUACACCAUCCGUGGAUAUUCAACUGGGUGAUCGGCCUUUGGACAUGGGCUUUGGGACUAAUCCAGCAUGUGAUAUUGCGCAUCAACCAGAUAUUCAACCGGAAGAUGCGCCCUUGGACAUGGGAUUCAAGACAUUCCAUCCGGGACAUGUUCAUCCGGAUCAAUCAUUCAUGGUUGGUGAACCGGAACCCAUCGGAUUUGUUAUUCAGCGUGCUUUAGGUGAUUUGCACUUGGCAAUAAACUGGUUGGAGAUGGACAUUGCUCGUGGUACAAUGUCAGCGGAAGAAGCCGGUGUCAGCGAAGAAGUUCUUCUGUCCACUCAUGAGUUAUUAUUGGCAUUUCAACUGAUAUCAGUAUACUGA